AGAAGAAGAAGAAGAAGACGAAGAAGAAGACGAUUAGCAAAGCGGGUGUUGUUGACAUUUUAACAACACAUUUAGCGACAAUGGCGGCUGAAGUGAGACAGGAACUUGCACAAUUGAUGAAUUCAAGCGGAUCACACAAGGACCUUGCGGCCAAAUACCGUCAGAUUUUGGAGAAGGCCAUCCAGCUGACAGAUGCCGAGCAGCUGGAGUCCUUGAAGGCCUUCGUUGAAGCAAUGGUCAACGAGAAUGUCAGUCUUGUCAUCUCGAGACAGCUGCUGACCGAUUUCUGCACACACCUGCCCAACCUGCCCGACGCCACCGCGAAAGCAGUUUAUCACUUCACCUUGGAGAAGAUCCAGCCCAGGGUCAUCUCCUUUGAGGAACAGGUAGCCUCAAUCAGACAGCACUUAGCAACCAUCUACGAAAAGGAGGGAGACUGGAGAAACGCGGCUCAGGUUUUAGUUGGCAUUCCUCUGGAAACCGGGCAGAAGCAAUAUAAUGUAGACUAUAAGUUGGACACGUACCUAAAAAUCGCCCGGCUCUACUUGGAAGACGAUGACCCCGUACAGGCCGAGGCCUACAUCAACAGAGCCUCGCUGCUCCAGAACGAGUCGUCGAACGAGCAGCUGCAGAUCCACUAUAAGGUAUGCUACGCCAGAGUGCUCGACUUCAGGAGGAAGUUCAUUGAAGCUGCGCAGAGAUACAACGAGCUGUCUUAUAAGUCUAUUGUCCAUGAAAGUGAGCGUCUGGAGGCGCUGAAACACGCCCUGAACUGCACCAUACUGGCCUCUGCAGGACAGCAGCGUUCGCGUAUGCUGGCCACUCUCUUCAAAGACGAGCGCUGUCAGCAGCUCGCUGCUUAUGGGAUUCUGGAGAAGAUGUACCUGGACCGCAUCAUCAGAGGAAACCAGCUGCAAGAGUUUGCAGCAAUGCUGAUGCCCCAUCAGAAAGCUACGACAGCGGAUGAGGAGGUUUGUCUGGAAGCACAUCACGAAGGGCAAGUGACAAGACACAGAGACCCGGAGCUGCAUCAGCCAACACAGUCUCUCUGUCACUGUGACCAUAAAGGGGGCUCCAGCAUCCUCGACAGAGCCGUGAUUGAACACAACCUCCUGUCGGCCAGCAAACUCUACAACAACAUCACUUUUGAAGAGCUGGGGGCGCUGUUGGAAAUCCCCCCAGCAAAGGCUGAAAAGAUUGCAUCUCAGAUGAUCACUGAAGGACGCAUGAAUGGCUUCAUCGACCAGAUAGACGGCAUCGUUCACUUUGAAACCCGUGAACCUCUUCCUACCUGGGACAAGCAGAUCCAGUCUCUGUGCUUCCAGGUCAACAACCUGCUAGAAAAGAUCCGUCAGGCAGCUCCAGAAUGGGCAGCACAGGCUUUGGAAGCCCAGAUGACCCAGUGAACAUCGGUACCCUUCAACGACCACAGAACCCCCCCCCCACCCUGCUGCCUCAACCCACCCUAAAGUCCUGACUUCCUGCUCAAACAAUGUCACCACUGAAUCCCCAGUUAUUAAAACACCUCAGAUGAA